AGUUGUGAAGUCAUCAAGAUGAAUUUGGUGAAAACCCUAGUGUUGCUAGUUCUGCUGGCAUUGGCGGUCGACCUCUCUGUCGCAGCUCCGCGAGAGAAACGUGAUGAUAACGGAAAUGGAUGUGACAACGGCGGAUCUGACUGUGGCUCCACGGAUCCCUGCUCAGCAGAUCCCAAGGCUUGUGCACCGGCUGCUCCUGCACCAGCCCCAGUGCCUGCUCCCCGAGCUCCGCCUCCACCUCCUCCCCCACGAGCACCAGCCCCACGACCUCGUGCUCCAGCCCCAGCACCUCGGGCACCGAUGCCAGCCGCUCCAUCACCUAGGGCACCGAUGAGAGCACCCGCAAGAGCUCCUGCUGCUCCCGCAUUUGCUCCAGCAGGACCAGGUUAUUAUGCAGCGUACGGUGAAGCAGAGGGAGGAGAUGGAGCCGAGGGAUACGAUUACGGUUAUGAAUACGACUACGGUGGAGGCAGCAGCGAAGAUGGAUUCGGAGGCGGUUGUGGUGGUGACAGUAGUGAAGAGUGUGGAGGAUAUGGAUACGGUGCCGGAGGUGGUUCAAGUGGUGGUGGGGGAGGAGGUAGCGGUUAUGGAGGAGGUGCUGGCGGCGGCGAUGGUGGAGACUUUAGUGGAGGAGCCGGAGGCGGAGGAGCUGGAGCACCUGCUGCUGCUCCUUCUGGUUAUCCUGCUGCCGCUCCGCGUCCACGAGCACCUGCACAAGCACCAGCCCCCAGAGCUCCUGCAAGGGCGCCAGCUGCUCGUGCCCCAGCACGUGCUCCAUCUCCACGUGCUCCUGCAUAUGCACCUGCCGCUGCACCAUCAGCUCCUAGGGCGCCUGUUUAUAGAGCUCCAGCCCCGGCACCAAGAGCUCCAGCCCCGGCACCAAGAGCUCCAGCCCCGGCACCAAGAGCUCCUGCCCCGGCACCAAGAGCUCCAGCACCUGCACCAGCUCCAGCACCGAGAGCUCCACCUGCUCCUGCUCCCGCUCCCCCUGCUCCUCCUGCACCAGCUCCCGCUCCAAAGGCCCCAUCUGCACCUGAACCCGAAAGCCCCAGCGAUGGAGACAAUGGCGACAACGGAUGUGGUGAUAAUGGAGAUGGCGGCACCAGUAAUGGUUGUGAUACCAAUGGUGAUUACGAGGACCUGAGAAACCACUGCGUUCCCUGUCCAAACCAUUUCGUGGGACAUAGCAUGAGGGUUUGCGGUACAGACGGACAGACAUACAGAAGUGCAUGUGACCUCCGAUACUCUGCUUGUAUCCGUGGUGAUCUUCUGCUCUCGAAGGCAAAGGAUGGAGCCUGCUAAAGAUUCUAUUUUCAAGGAUAUGCACCUGAACAGACGGUCUGACAUCCCAUUUUAAUAACUGUGACAGUCGGCCUAUAUUAAUUAAUUUAUUUCAUUGUACCAUCUACAACACGUGAUGACAGUUAUCAUUAUUUACUCAAAUUGUGUUCAUUAGAUCCGUUUUUAAACAGGGAAAGUGAUUGGAAUAAAGGCUGAUA